AACGGCCGCCAAACGCUCGCUGUAAAAUGGCUCCUUCGCCCCGCCGCGCGGGCGAGUUGUUCAACGGGCGUUCGCAAACUGACGCCGGGCUUGUGCCUCCCUGCUGGGGCCCGGAGCCAUUGAAACUCGCCGUCACCUGGAAUGAAAUAUCAGCAUGGAUAAAAAUGAGCUGGUGCAGAAGGCCAAACUGGCUGAGCAGGCUGAAAGAUAUGAUGACAUGGCAAGUUGCAUGAAAUCUGUGACUGAGCAAGGAGCUGAGUUGUCCAACGAAGAGAGGAAUCUUCUCUCUGUUGCCUAUAAAAAUGUUGUAGGAGCCCGUAGGUCAUCUUGGAGAGUCGUCUCAAGUAUCGAACAAAAGACGGAAGGCGCUGAGAAAAAACAGCAGAUGGCUCGAGAAUACAGAGAGAAAAUUGAGACCGAGCUAAGAGACAUCUGCAAUGAUGUGCUGUCUCUGUUGGAAAAGUUCUUGAUCCCUAAUGCUUCGCAAGCAGAAAGCAAAGUUUUCUAUUUGAAAAUGAAAGGAGACUACUACCGUUACUUGGCUGAGGUUGCUGCUGGAGAUGACAAGAAAGGGAUAGUGGAGCAAUCACAACAGGCAUAUCAAGAAGCUUUUGAAAUCAGUAAAAAGGAGAUGCAACCAACACAUCCCAUCAGAUUAGGCCUGGCUCUGAACUUCUCUGUGUUCUAUUACGAGAUUCUCAAUUCCCCGGAGAAAGCCUGUUCCCUUGCGAAAACGGCUUUUGAUGAAGCAAUUGCUGAACUUGAUACAUUAAGUGAAGAGUCAUACAAAGACAGCACGCUAAUAAUGCAGUUACUGAGAGACAACUUGACAUUGUGGACAUCGGAUACCCAGGGAGAUGAAGCCGAAGCAGGAGAAGGAGGGGAGAAUUAACCAGCCUUCCAACUUCUAUCUGCCUCAUUCUGAAAUUUAAACAGUAGACCAUUUGUCAUCCA